CUACUUCGCCUCCCAUCUUCAUUUCGUUCGCUCGCUCGCUAUCUGAAGACUACUCCUGACCCUUCGUCCCUUCCUCGAUCAACAGUCAGUCGUUCGUCUCCGUGAUCAACCACUUCUUCCACAAUGCGUGCCUCUCUCUUCCUCGUCGCCUUCUCGGCCCUCGCCGUCGCUCAGUCCUCCUCCGAGGCUGUGCCCACCGCUACCACCGACGUCCAGGCCACCACUGGUGCGACCACCGGUGCUGCCACUGACAGCGCUUCUGCCACUGCUACCGGCACUGCUUCCGGCACUGCCACCGGUGCCACCGGUACUGCUUCGACUGGUGCUACCGACGCUACCACUGCUGUCUCCGGCUCUGCCACCGGCACUGGCGCCACCUCUUCGCCCGUCAUCCCCACCGGCACUGCCACCAGCGGUGCUCACUCCGGAUCCAGCUCGCCCGGCUCUACCCUGGCCAAGUCGAGCAGCGCCGUCAAGAGCCACACUGCCAGCUCGACCGAGACCUCCACCAAGACCAAGUCCGGCCACAAGUCGUCCUCGACCGGUGACUCGACCAGCGGAUCUUCUUCUGCCACUGCCUCCGGAUCCAGCACCUCCUCUGGCAACGCCGGUGUGCCCAUGGCCACCGCCGGCCCCAUGGGUCUCCUGGCCGGUGCUGCCAUCGCCGUUUUCCUCUAAACGGCUGGCAUCAUCUUUCCUUCCAGCGGGUCAUGAGUUGACGUCGUUUCCGCUAUCGGUCCUUCGAUCAAUGUGAAAGGAGCAAAUUCUCAUGGCUCGUCCACCUUCCGAAAAACGAAAAAAAAAGGAGCAAAGAAGAGAAUGACAAGAUGAGGAAUCGAUUUGCCGCACGUUCUCUUCGUGGAAUUUGUAUCAAUGCUGGGAAGGGGUCCGUUUUUCUUUCUUUUCAUUUGUUGCUCUCCUUCGCUCAAAGCCAACCGCCUGUUACAAAAGAUGCAUAGUUGCGGCGCACAUAAGAACUUGUUUUAGUAAACUAAUCAUAAUAUCCUAAUGAAGUCAUGGUACAUGCGACAUUUGUCUGGAACUCCGCGAUCUGAAAUCCCAAAGGUUAAACUCUAGUUGUAGAUAGCCUUGCGGGGUGGAUCCAGGUGAACUAUGGAUGUCCGCCG